AUGUUCACUGGAACCACGCUUCCGAUCGUUGUCGCCCUAGCAGCACUGGCUUCAUCUGCCAACGCCCACGGAUACCUCGAGGAGCCCUCGCCCACCUGGGUGGACAGUCCCAAUCCUGAAUGGAUCGUCAACAUCGACAACUACUGGGACAUCGGCUCCGGUGGCGACCAGUGCGGACUGUUCAAGACGAUGACCGAGGAGAAGGGCGUGACCGUCAAGGACGUGGUGCUGGAAAUGGUCAACGAUGACAGCAAGAACGGCGGCUUUACGCACGUGGGUCCGUGUGAGAUUUACAUCGAUAAUACCAUGGUGCUGCACGGCGACAACUGCGAGGACGAGUAUCCGGGUGGCGACGUCGGCGACUGUCACCGACUGGUCAAGUGGCUGGGCAACGGUGGCGGAGGUUUCACCCACGUCGGUCCGUGUGAGGUUUACAUCGACGAUAAGAUGGUAGCACAUGGUGACAACUGCGAGGACGAGUUCAAGGGCGGAGACGUUGGAUCAAAGGAGACUUCGGACAUUCCUGCGGACUACUCGUCUUGCAACGGGAAAUGCACCUUGACCAUGUACUGGCUGGCGUUCCAGAACGAGCAGUGGGAAACGGUUCGUCGACCAGUACGCAGACGGACGGCGGCUUCUUCCACUGGCGAACAAAAGGCGCAGUUCACUCAGGAUGGCAGCCAGAAGAACCAAGAUGACAAAGACAACAAGAACAACGACGACAACCAAAACAGCAGCGCGAACCAAGACAACGAGGAAGAAUAA